GAAGUUACCUGCCCGGCAGCGGCGGGGCCGAGAGCGCCGGGGCCCCGCGGACCAGGCAGGCUGCGCGCUCGGCGUGGACGGGUGCGCGCCGCGGCUUCGGGGGGAGAGUUGAGCGCUUUUCCACCCUCUAUUUUUUUUCCUCUUUUUUUCUUUUUUUUUUUCCUCCUCUUCUUAAACCACAAACGGAUGUGAGGGAAGGAAGGUGUUUCUUUUACUCCUGAGCCCAGACGCCUCUCUCUGUUCCGUCUAAGCUUGUUUUUUGCUGAGCACUUUUUUUUUUUUUCAAAAAGGAAAAGAAAAGGAGUUGCUUGAUGUGAGAGUGAAAUGGACGUAAGAUUUUAUCCACCUCCAGCCCAGCCCGCUGCUGCUCCCGCCGCUCCCUGUCUGGGACCUUCUCCCUGCCUGGACCCCUACUAUUGCAACAAGUUUGACGGUGAGAACAUGUAUAUGAGCAUGACAGAGCCGAGCCAGGACUAUGUGCCAGCCAGCCAGUCCUACCCUGGCCCAAGUCUGGAAAGUGAAGACUUUAACAUUCCACCCAUCACACCUCCUUCCCUUCCCGACCACUCUCUGGUGCACCUGAAUGAGGUGGAGUCGGGGUACCACUCCCUCUGUCACCCCAUGAACCACAACGGCCUGCUCCCGUUCCAUCCGCAAAACAUGGACCUGCCAGAGAUCACCGUGUCCAACAUGCUGGGCCAGGACGGCACACUGCUCACCAACUCCAUCUCUGUGAUGCAAGAUAUUGCGAGCCCCGAAGGAGCUCCGUACGGCUCCCAUCCUCAGAUUGCAGCCAUGAGGCCGAGAGGCCAGCCGACAGACAUCAGACAGCAGGCAAACAUGAUGCAGCACGGCCAGCUGACCACCAUCAACCAGUCCCAGCUGAGCGCACAGUUGGGUUUGAACAUGGGAGGAAGCAACGUUCCCCACAACUCCCCUUCUCCCCCUGGGAGCAAGUCUGCAACCCCUUCGCCUUCUAGCUCCGUGCAUGAAGACGAGGGCGAAGACACCUCCAAGAUCAAUGGUGGAGAGAAGCGGCCUGCCUCUGAUAUGGGGAAAAAACCAAAAACUCCCAAAAAAAAGAAGAAGAAGGACCCUAAUGAGCCCCAGAAGCCCGUGUCUGCCUACGCUUUGUUCUUUCGAGAUACUCAGGCUGCCAUCAAGGGCCAAAAUCCGAAUGCUACUUUUGGUGAAGUCUCUAAGAUUGUGGCUUCGAUGUGGGAUGGCCUCGGAGAAGAGCAGAAACAGGUCUACAAGAAGAAAACUGAGGCGGCGAAGAAGGAGUACCUGAAGCAGCUAGCAGCUUACAGAGCCAGCCUCGUAUCCAAGAGCUACAGUGAUCCUGUGGAUGUGAAGACAUCUCAGCCACCCCAGCUGGUCAACUCGAAGCCGUCAGUGUUCCACGGGCCCAGCCAGGCCCACUCAGCUCUGUACCUAAGUUCUCACUAUCACCAACAACCAGGAAUGAAUCCUCACCUCACCGCCAUGCACCCAAGCCUCCCCAGGAACAUAGCACCCAAGCCGAAUAACCAAAUGCCAGUGACUGUCUCCAUAGCCAACAUGGCUGUGUCCCCACCACCGCCCCUCCAGAUCAGCCCGCCUCUUCACCAGCACCUCACCAUGCAACAGCAUCAGCCUCUUGCCAUGCAGCAGCCCCUCGGGAGCCAGCUCCCCAUGCAGGUCCAGUCUGCCUUACACUCGCCCACCAUGCAACAAGGAUUUACUCUUCAACCCGACUAUCAGACGAUUAUCAGCCCCACAUCUACAGCCGCACAAGUUGUCACCCAAGCGAUGGAGUACGUGCGCUCUGGGUGCAGAAAUCCUCCCGCACAGCCGGUGGACUGGAAUAACGAGUACUGCAGUAGUGGGGGCAUGCAGAGGGACAAAGCGCUGUACCUCACCUGAAAACCUCACCGCCUCUCUUUUCCACUGAGGAGUUCAGGGAAGUCUUUUCAUCGCGGAUUGCAGUUCUUCAUUUUAUUAGAAAAUUCAAGUUGCUAAGCACUUAGGACCAUGUGAGCUUGUGGGUCACCCACUCUGGAAGAAAAUAGUCAUGCUUCGUUAUUAUUUUUUUAAUCUUUUUCUGGACAUUGUUCCUCUUCCCUGCAGGAAGUAUGGACAGUUCUGAUUUCUGUUGGGUUUGCUGUGAAGUGCUGCGCUCUAGUAACUGCCUUAGCAACGGUAGCGGUCUGGGGUAAAGGUCCGGGGUUUUCCAUUGGUUUUCAGAAUGGGUGUUUAUAUGGAACUACUAAAGACUUUUUAAAUGGCUUGAUGUAGCAGUCAUAGCAAGUUUGUAAAUAGCAUCUAUGUUACACUCUCCUAGAGUAUAAAAUGUGACGGUUUUUGUAGCUAAACUGUAAUUUGAAACUGGCUCGCCCCAGUUGGUUUAUUUCACAGAGGGGUUAAAUUGGCAAACAUUCAUAUUUUUACUUCAUUUUUAAAAAAACAACUGAUUAAUAGUUCUAUAUUUUCAAAAUACUUGAAAAAUAUUCCCAAAUGAUUUUAAUUUAAAAACAAAUUGGCUUUGUCUUCUGAUCAGACACAAAGAACCUAGUGUGGAGGGAAACGCAAACACAUUUAUUUUGUAUUCCAGAAAAAAAAAAUCCUUUUUGUAUCACUUUUGUGUAAUGAUUAGUAAAUGUCAUCUAUCUGAGUCCUUUGAUGUAUAAAGCUGCCAAAUGCUCGCCCGGGGUCUUCGCUGCAGAACCAGGUUGGGAAGCGCUAAGUGAUCAUCUUUAAGGCUCUGUAUUAUUGUUUCCUCAUACCGUGUCUGUAUUUAAUCUUUUUUUAUGGAACUUGUUGCGCCUAUUUAUGAAAUAAUAAAUAUAGGUGUUUGUAAG